GGGGCGCUGGGGCGGCCCCGGCCGCGCAGCCCCCGGCGGCCCGGCCCGGCACGGCACGGCACGGCGCGGCUCGGCACGGCGCGGGGCGGCCCGGCGGAGCAUGGAGCAGUAGCGGCUGUGCGCCUCGCCGCUCGGACCGCCGGCCAUGGGCGCGGAGCGCAGGGGGGAGGCGGCCCGCGGGGGCUGCGCCUGCAGCGGCGGCGGAGGGGGAGGAGGAGGAGGAGGAGGAGGAGAAGGAGGAGGAGGUGGAGGAGGAGGAGGCGGCAGCUGGCGGCUCUUCCUCGGCUUCUUCGCGCUGUCGCUGGCGCUGCACGUCCUGACGCUGGGCUGCUACCUGGAGCUGCGCUCCGAGCUGCGCCGCGAGCGGGGGCCGCAGCCCAACGCCCCCCCGCGCCGCGACGGCACCGCGGCCGCACCGCCCGCGGCUCCGCCCGCAGCGCGCCCGCAGCGCCCGCCCGAGGGCGCCGAGCGGCGGCAGCAGCAGCAGCUGGCCUUGCUGAACUUCUUUCACCCUGAGGACAAGCUGCACGUUGGAGAGGAAGGGAGACGUGUCCGGCGGAAUAAAAGGAGUAAAGGCAGCGAGGGGCCCGAUGGUCCAAGUUCAGUUAAAAACAAGAAAAAGGGUAAAAAGGCCGGUCCUCCAGGGCCCAACGGACCCCAGGGGCCACCCGGCCCUCCUGGCCCCCAGGGCCCCCCCGGCAUUCCCGGCAUCCCCGGGAUCCCCGGCACCACCGUCAUGGGACCCCCCGGCCCCCCCGGCCCACCGGGCCCUCAGGGACCCCCUGGGCUGCAGGGCCCCUCAGGUGCCACAGACAAGGCAGGCUCCAGAGACAUCCAGCCAGCUGUGGUCCACCUUCAAGGCCAAGGCUCAGCAAUCCAAGUGAAGAAUGAUCUUUCAGGUGGAGUCCUCAAUGACUGGUCUCGCAUCACUAUGAACCCCAAGGUGUUUAAGCUGCAUGCCCGCAGUGGGGAGCUGGAGGUACUGGUGGACGGCACAUACUUCAUCUAUAGUCAGGUAGAAGUAUACUACAUAAACUUCACAGAUUUUGCCAGCUAUGAGGUGGUGGUGGAUGAGAAACCCUUUCUGCAAUGCACUCGGAGUAUUGAGACCGGCAAGACCAACUUCAAUACCUGCUAUACAGCUGGGGUCUGCCUCCUCAAAGCCAGGCAGAAGAUCGCUGUGAAAAUGGUCCAUGCUGACAUCUCCAUCAACAUGAGCAAGCACACAACUUUCUUUGGGGCUAUACGCCUAGGAGAUGCACCAGCAUCCUAGAUGAACUUGGCAUAUCCAAGGAUACUCACAGAACUGCACAGUGCUGCUGUUCAUAAGCGUAUCAGUAUUUCAGGGGGUUCUGUAAUCCGGCCAUAAAGAAAACUGAUCCAGAGCUAUUUAUUCCUAUAUGUGAAUGCAGGAAGCACAAUGUCUUCUGUGACUCGCAUGGAGACUUGGAUCAAAAGGCUAGCUGAAAAAGCGUUGUGAGGAAGAAAGGCUGGCGUGUCUGCCUUGUCUCAGUAUUUCCAGUAUUACUGCACUGAUAUUCCGCUCUGUGAUCUUCACAUGAGGCUUGUUGAGAGUGAUGUGGGUCUCUGCUUCUAUGUUGCACUAGCAAGAGCAUCCCAGGCAGCAGCAGGAGAGGACAGACGUCGGUCAGAGGGGUCCUGUCUAGGCUUCACUCCUGCUUCUGCCCGCUAACGAGAGCAAGAAAUGGGGUUUCUGCUUUGCUGCCUUCCCGGUUCCAGCUGGGAGGGCAGCACGGUGCCAAGGGAGGCGAGUAGGACAGAGUCAGUGGCGUUUACAUUCAUCCUCAGGAGCGUGAGAAAGGAAGGCGAAGAGCUUGAAAGCAGGCUGCAAAAGCGGUGUGUCUGAGAGGAAGCUAAACACUCACCAGAGCAGGCUUAGCACAGAGAAAUCUGCCUCUACAUCCCAGAAAUCGCAAAGUCCCAAAGAUAAAGAUGAUCCCGGUUCCAGAGCCUCUGCUACUUUCAGCUCCUGCCAUUGCCCCAGAGGUGUACGCUGCCCUAACGGGGGCUGCCUUAAAGUACUGCUGCUGUUACAGCAAGUUGUGUUUUUGUUUGGUUUGGUUCUUUUUUUUUUUUUUUUUGUCUUUUUAAUUAAUGUGUUGCAAACCAGAACACAUUUCUACAGGCUUCACAGAGCCAUGUAGAGCAGACACAAGUACUUGUGAAAACACUCUGAAGAAGUUUGUCAUGUUUAAGAAUAAAAUAUUCAAACAGGAAAGGUUUUUUUUUUUUUUUUUCUUUUUUCUGUUUUAAUAGCAACUGCCCUGCUCUUAGAUGUGGUUUUUAUCCUUCCUCCCCACACCCUUUUCCUUUUGGCACUCUUCUACCUAAAAUGCUCUAAUAAGUGGUGAUGGAGGCUCUAGCAAAAAUGUGUAUUUAAGAAGUCUGGUCCAGCAUGAAGUCACCACUUUUUCUUUUCUCUGAGCCCUGCUGAGUCUAGUCAUAACUCGAUUUCUGGUGACUAAUAGGGUAGCUGGGACGCUAUUGUUUCUUUUGGCUUCUUGAGCAACUCUCUCCCGUUACCUCCCCUCAACUGGGGAGAUCUAAAGCUAUAAGAUGUGCUUGGGCUGAGCGCGGGGCUGGGGCGCUCGGGUUUGGAGGUGGCGUUGGCUCGGUGGUGCAGCCGGGUUGCUUCUUGGAGCACAUUUAAUUAAGCGAAGAGGGCAGCAAAAUUUCAGCCUCUAUGGCCAAAAGGAAUAGCAGGGCUGGGAGCAAGCCCCAAACCGAUGGCUUGGGUGCUGUAGCUCAGCUCCUGGCCAGCAGCAGAGCUCACCUGCAGGGUGUGGGGUCACCAUCGGUGCGGCCCCCCCGGCCGGGGCACCCUCAGCUCCACCACUUUUCCCAAUCCGCAGCGAGUGAUCUCACUUGCCAACUAUUGCAGUUAUUGGGAGAUAAAUAUUUCUUGGGGGCACCCAGCUUUGGCUUCGGCCUCGCUAUUCACAGGAGGCGUGCAGUUUGUAAAAUAACUGCAUGAAAAAUUGCCUGCUAUUUCUUUUUCAAUAUGUUCCCCUCCUUUCUAGCCUUAACAUGUUGGACGAGCAAGAGCCUUAGGGGCACUUAACUAGUCUUUGUGGUUUAUUUCCUUUAAAAUGGAUUAAGAAGGACAUGUUCCUCUGACAAGAAUGAAUCAGGACAACUGUGUAUAGUGAGAACAUUAAGCAAAUCAUUAACAGAAUUGCUUUAGAAUACAGUCUGAACAGCAAGACUUUGGGGCAAGCAUAAAUAAUGAAAAGGCUCGGGCGAGCACGAUGGAUGCAGUUUGCAUUCUUUGUCCCCCACUGGCAGGAUCUGUGAGUCGCUUCUGAGGAUGGCUGCGAGCAGGAGGAGGCAGAGGGAGAAUCCCAUUGCUGCAAAAACCCCAGGCAGCGCCGCCAAGCUCCCCCUUGGCAUGCGCACAGGGCAGCGGGGAGGGGGGCACGGGGAAGCGAUUCCUGCCUCCCUCCUCGCGAGCAGCGGAAGGUUUUAGGGGCUGCUUCUGGUCUCACACCACAGCCUGAGCGCCACGACGUGGGCUCAGAGACCAGGGAGUGCCUGGCUUGGGGUGGCCUUCGUGCCAAGAGCCACCUUCACCGCUGCUCCGAGCGAUCGCUGCAUCGCCGGCCCUGCGGCAGCCCCGGGGGUGUUUUAUACUUGAAACCCUUGGGCCACCCUCCAACAAGUUCUCGUUAAUGAAGUAUUGCAGUGCAGGUUGCCUAGGCUGUAGCACAGCUCCUUCUGUGUGACACUUCUCUGCGCCACCACCCUCGGUGCCUCUGCAGGUUUCCAUUCGCGGAGCCAGGCAGGGCUGGGAGCAGCACAAAAGAGCUCGAGGAGGAUGCGUGUGGAAGGGUCCAAGCACCUCCAGCAGGAGCAGGGCCUCGCUCCAGUCUUUCCCUCUCACGUCUCCUCAUUCCGAUGUGUGUCCGUCCCUAGGCUGGCUGGGAAGGAAGCUCCCCACGGACAGACCGACAUCGGCGUGCUGGAGACGGUGGCGCAGCGCUCCGGGGGCGCAGCGCUCCGGUCCCCCCAGCAGUCGCUGCUGGCUUCCCCUCGGCAGCGCUAGCUCGCUCUCACCUCCGUGCCUUAGCUCUGCUGCUCCGUGCUUGGCUGGACUCCACUUGCAGAAAUGUAGCAAGCAGCUGAUUGGGAUUUAAUUCGUUCAAAACCCUUCUCCCCCCCCCAAGACCCUCUAUGCAGGGACAAUCCGUAGGGAAGCCGGCUCUGUUCUUGUGUUCACCUUUGGAAGGAAGGAUUCUCUCCAGCAAAGGCGUUUGGGCACGGCUCCCUGCCCACAAAAACCUGGCUGUGCUUUCCUCCAGCGCCUUUCUCGCCCAGGUAAGCAGCUGUGGGCUUACUGCUGCCCCCUGCCAGCCCAUCAGGGGACUCGGCAGUGUCCUUCCAGCACUUGGUGCUCAGAAAAGGGCACCUGGGCUGUGUUUGGAGAGAGAUGAGCAAACUGCAUUCGCUUGGUCCUUCUUCCAUCCGCUAGGGCAGCCCCUCUUCUGGCAAUCAGCCCCGUGAAGGCGCUCACUCUCUCGUGGCCCUCUGACUUACCGUGUGCCUGCCGUGAGCCCCCCUUCACUGUCCCCAAAAGUCCCGGCAUGGGCAUUUGGAGAAAGCGGAGGAGAGGCUGCGCCUCGCGGUCUGCCAAGGUACGGGGCAGAUGUUCAGGUGGGAGCUGCUCCCAGGUGUGCAUCUGCCGUGGCUCUGUGAAAUCCGGACAUGCCGCAAGCAGCACGCCCCUGGGGGUGUCAGCUCAGAGCUCGGGAGCAAAAAGGCAGCUGGUCACAGCCAGCCCCCGGCUGCAAGCUGAGCCUCCUCUGGGCCGGCUGCUCGGGUUUGUUCCAUUUCUCUGGCCCACGGACCAGACCCUGUCCCCUGUCCAGGCGCAGCUGUUUGGUUGCUGCACCCAUUUACAAGCCCGAUCCCCCCCUGAUGUCUGCCUGCAUCACGUCCAGGUGUAGGAGGAAGCCUCUCCUCAACCUCCCCAAUAAAAGCGUAAUGGGAGAGGGGCUGUGGGAACAGACGCCCAGCUCCGAGCCCGUUACCUGUCCGAGCUGCACAGAGAUAUCCUGAUGCUGUUUUGUGCUUCGACAUCUUUAUCCAAGACACUAUCUGUAUAUAAACUAUACAUAAUGUAUAUAAAUUAGGAUGUAAGUUUAUGUAAAUUGUCAAUAUUUUCUUUGCAAAUAAAGCUUUUUCCUGA